UAUUACCAAAUAUCUCAACCGCUCGUAUUGUGUGUAUCGACAAUGGACGCUGCCUCGCGUGAGAUCCAAUGGCUCAAAAAAAUCAUGAAGGGGCUGGGCGACGACCAGAACAGCGACUGUUCAAGGCCGACUAUGCAAAAGACAACGGAGCACUCUGCAACGCAGCAAACGACCGCAUCGUAUCGGGACGACGACGACAGCGAACUGGAUCGACUGAUGCGUCGUGCGGUGCUUCUCCUGCGCAUCAAGGCAACGAAUGCACAGCGCGAUAUCGUUUUGUUCGGGGAAGAUGGUAAAGCUUCUGACGAGUCGACUGAUGGCGAAGACAGGGACGAGGAGCUGGACGAACUCCUGCAGCGAGCAGCCCUACUACUUCGGCAGAGGUUGGGCAGACAGAGCCAACGUGGUGUCAAAGCAGUGGCAGUGACUGCUGAAGCCACGUUGCAACAAGAAGUAGGCGACGAAGAGCUCGACAGAUUGCUGCGACGAGCCAUGUUGCUGUUUAAUAAACUGUCAACUAGGGAACAGAAUGCCGAGAUAGACGCAGAGUUAGAUGAUGUGCGUCUGAAAAUGAUUUCUGUAGUGAAGGGGUCCGCUUCACCAGGAUCACCGGGUGCGACCGAUGGUGAAGACUACGAGGAGGAGGAGGACGACGAACUGGAUCAGCUGCUGCGUCGGGAGAUGGCUGAAUUGCGACACCAAUCGAGCUCUCCUGUCGAGGAAAAAGUGUUGAUGAGGAGCAGGAUAUCAGCUACUAUCGUUGAGGAGCCUAUUGUAACAGAUUCUAGGGCGCUAUCUCCCGUGGAGAUCACGGUCAAAUCAGAGCCACAACAAUCUCAUGACCAGCGUCAGCCUGAAGCUGAACAAGUAGAAGAAGAGAUGCGCCCAGAGCUGCACUGCAUUACGCCUUCAAACUCAGUUAGUGAGCGGCUACAGAUUGUUGAGGCCUCGAAGCAGACACAUGCAGGAAACGACGCUUUACUCUCGACACUUCGAGCAAGCAAUGUAGAGCUGAUGGAGGAGAACGCGUCUCUGAAGCAGCAGCUUCAGCGUCAGAAGGCCGAUACGCGGAUGGUGCAGCUACUGCAAGAGCAGGUGCAGCGACUUCAGCAGCGCGAACUCGAGCUCAUGCGGGCACUGAUAGGUGCCUGA